AAGAACUACAGUUGGUCGUCACAGAAAAAACACAGAAUUUAAGACGUUUAGAGGCACAGAGAAAUGAACUGAAUGCAAAAGUGAGAAUGUUAAGAGAGGAAUUACAGCUUUUGCUCGAGCAAGGAUCUUACGUUGGAGAAGUUGUCAAACCUAUGGAUAAAAAGAAAGUGCUCGUCAAGGUUCACCCAGAAGGCAAAUUUGUCGUUGACAUUGACAAAAACAUAGAUAUAAACGAUGUGACACCAAACUGUCGAGUGGCCCUCAGGAAUGACAGCUAUGUUCUUCAUAAAAUCUUACCAAACAAGGUUGACCCGCUGGUCAGUUUGAUGAUGGUGGAAAAAGUACCUGACUCCACCUACGAGAUGGUGGGAGGUCUGGACAAACAGAUUAAGGAGAUCAAAGAGGUGAUAGAGCUACCUGUGAAACAUCCCGAGUUGUUUGAGGCCUUGGGAAUAGCACAGCCUAAGGGUGUGUUGUUGUAUGGCCCACCUGGUACAGGAAAAACCUUGCUUGCCCGGGCCGUAGCCCACCACACAGAAUGUACCUUCAUCAGGGUAUCUGGUUCAGAACUUGUGCAGAAGUUUAUUGGGGAAGGAUCUCGGAUGGUGCGUGAACUCUUCGUCAUGGCAAGAGAGCAUGCGCCGUCUAUAAUCUUCAUGGAUGAGAUUGAUUCCAUUGGCUCCUCAAGGCUAGAGGGAGGCUCAGGAGGUGACAGCGAGGUACAGAGGACCAUGUUGGAAUUGCUUAAUCAGCUGGACGGCUUUGAACCCAAACAAAAUAUAAAGGUCAUUAUGGCAACAAACAGAAUAGACAUCUUGGAUUCUGCUUUACUUCGCCCAGGAAGAAUUGAUAGAAAAAUAGAGUUUCCUCCACCGAAUGAAGAGGCUCGAUUAGAUAUCCUGAAGAUUCACUCUCGUAAGAUGAACCUGACGAGGGGAAUCAACCUGAGGAAGAUUGCUGAGAUGAUGCCUGGGGCGUCAGGAGCUGAGGUUAAGGGUGUUUGCACAGAAGCUGGGAUGUACGCCCUGAGGGAGAGGAGGGUACAUGUCACGCAGGAGGACUUUGAACUGGCUGUAGCUAAGGUUAUGCAGAAGGAUUCAGAAAAGAACAUGUCUAUAAAGAAACUAUGGAAGUAAUUAACAAAAAGGAUCAUCCCAUUGCAUUUGUGGAAGGAUCUAUCGGUCAUCAUUGAACUUUUGCUGUUGUAAAACAUCUCAUUUGUAGUUAGGGAGAGGUUGUGUUAUGAGAGCAAGGUACCAGUCAGCAGGGCAGAAUUUGGAAUCGAUACAUGAUUUCCAUAACAUAACACUUUAGACAAUGAGACAAAAACAAGUUCAGUUUUGAAAAGUGAAUAUUAUUAUUGUCAUCAGAUGAUAAAAGGUACUAUUGUCCAGCAAGUGCAUUACAUGUAUCUGAACACUUUUAUAAGUUUGCAGAGGUCAGAAGCCUGUACGACAUGUGAAAUUUGUGUAAUUCUAAAACUUUUGGCAAUAAAAGACCUCAAGUUUUCA